CAGGCGUGUGGUACUGGAAAGAUGACACUAACACACUUGAAUUUGCAAGCUCCAGUCCAGCAGCUGAGGAAAGCCUUAACGAAGGAGAAAACGCUCACUUUCAGGAAAUAUGUGUCAAGACAUUAAAGAGCAUUUUCCAAGAUGAAUGCAGUGCUACAGUCCCUGAAAAAAGGCUUGCUGACAACGAGGAAAAAAUUCAUAAGCUGUCAAAGUGGAUAAAACAUGAAUAUGUCACACUGGAUGAUGUCAAAUAUCUUGCUUUCCUUUUGAGAGAAGAAAAUGAGUCACAUCGCAUGCUACCAUUUGCAGCAGUUAUGGGGAAUAAGAAACUGGAUGAGUUCCUCAUGGCCCUGCUUUUCUACAUGUCUUUUUACCUGGAAAAAAUUGCCUUGGAAAAGAAAACCCAAUCCUUGAUUUUGUCUGUGAUUUUUCUGGAAAAUAAAGCAAUGGAUGAUGUGUUGGCAAAGUUAGCGGUGGCCAAGAUUUACCUUGCCAAAGUUUACAGUAACUUUGUUCUUGAGAGAGGCACAGCAGAGAAGAGUCGCACAUCUCGUGGAAAGAGAAAAACGUCUUUGCAGAAAGAUCGGAACUUCUUUGAGGGCUUCUACAACUUCUGCAGCUACGUGACUUGGCUUGUGUUCAGGCGGAAGCACUUCCAAGUGAUUCGGGAAGAAAUCGGCAGGCUCCUUUGCUCUGACAUGUUCAAUCUUGCCUUAAGAGACAGGAACCAUGUUUCUUUGCAGACUGCUGAUGCAAAUGCAGUGAGAUUACCACGUCAGAGACAAGUCAGUGCCAAGCAUCCAUCCAUAAACAGCAUGGUUUACCAGCACUCACCUGUGCUCAGCACACUGCUGCCCUUACCAAAGGAGAGCGCUCAGUACCGCUCCCAGAGCCACUACUGUCGGGGCAGAGACCCACAGCCCUGCUCGUGUGACAUCCUACCAGACUUCUCACAGUUGCUCACUACCAAGGUGGGCAUCAUUGGAGCUCACUGUAGUGAGUUAAAUUCCUUUUUGCUCCAGUCUGAUGGGACAAUGGAAGAGGAAGAACAAGAACAAGACCGAGAACAAAGAGAAGAACAAGAAAAACCGAGGACUCAUUCCUUUGUCCUGACAAAAGAUCUGAGUUUAUCAGCUCUGUGAAGCCCUCAGAAAGGCUUAGUAGAGAGAGUGCUGUAUUCUCAAGAGCAAACAGCAGAAGGUGAUCGUAACCAGAACAACUAGCUGAAGUUGAGUGGCAUGGUUUCACGUUGCUAAGUAAAUAAUUUUGAAAUUGCAUCUUAAAAAGCCAAAAUCAUUUAUCAGAGGUGGGGUAGUUGAAUACACAAGCAUCUGCAUGGGAGACUGAAGACCUGGACUGUAAUUCCUGGUCUGUCACUAUUCCUCUUUCAUCUGAAUGCCGCCUUCUCUCCGUUUCUGAGAAGUUAUUUUACUGACUUAUUUGGGGAAGGGCUUUGACACCUGCAGAUGAAUAUGAUCAUUGAUUUUAAUGACAGACUUCAUUUUUUUAAAGGAUUAGCAAAGUAACCAGGAGACAUGACUUACUAUGGCCUGAAGUUCCUUAAACUGUCCUUUUAAAGGAACUUACUCUUGAAUCUUUGAUAUAUUGUUUACUCCUUUUUUAAUUUCCAUCACCUCUCAUUUAGUUCUAAUAUUUUGUAGCCUAAUUUAUGACUCACUGUGAAAAUAGUUAGCAAAGAGGAAUCUUCAUGUGAAGUUUACUCAGAAUUAACUUUCCAAGUUUUACAUUUGCGUUCACAUUGGGCAGACAGGUUAGUGCUCUUAUGAUCAUAAAAUUGGUGGCAAGACCUUCAAAUGGUGCUUUGGUUGCAGGUUUCCUGGGAGUCUGGUUGGGCAACAGCAUGUGCAACUCUCUCUCCCAGCGGCACGAACUACUCCUGGACGGUGCAUAGCUGGCUGGACAUGCAAGAGGCAAUUGUGCUAUCACUGCCCUGCAGCAACAUGGUUUCUCUACUGAAUGAUGCAGCAAGAUGUUGGCCAAUACCUGGAGCUAAGGGAGUCUACUUCAUAGCUUCCUUCUCAUGGUGUUGGGAGAAGUCUUUCAGUUUCUGCUUUAGGAGGCCUUGGCUUGGUCUCAGUUAUCUUUGUCUGCAUCUGCAUCAUGCUGUAUGGCACACUCUGAGUAAAACCCGAUGGUCCUAGCGAGUUCUGUUUUUAAGACACUGUGAUAGUAAGCCAAGUCCUCAGUGAUGGCUUUGGGCCAUCUAACAACAGCCUUGAACUUUCUAGAAAGGAUUGAGAAAUACUUUGAAGUUCAGGUCCUUUAGUCAGCAGAGUCCUUUCCAGGGUUACCUUCUCAGGGCUGAGCUCUGCUUUUUCUGAGGCAAUGGAUGUCUAACACAGACACCCCAUACCUGUUUAAGCAUGUAAGCAAGACCUGGCAGCCUUGCACACAUGACAGUGAGUCAUCCUUCCAGCAGGAGAGAGUGAGUCAGAAAGGGCAGUUGACAAGCUUUAUUUAUCGGUCUCCUGUUAUUUGGCCCGGGAGAAUAUCACUCUGAAAAACCCACCCUUGUUAAUGACAGGCAGAGCUCAGAAGUGUAUCAUGAGACUACUGGCUUUUAUUCCCAUAGGCUUUGCAUGCAGUGUCAUUAUCAGGAAGUCACGGCAGAUUGGCCAUUUCCAUGCAUUUCUUUUUUCACAGGGACUCAGAGCAUGCCAGCUGCAUCAGAACAACCUGCCCAACCUAGGGUUGCCAUAAGCAAUACAAAUUCAAAUGCCUCCGAGUGAUGAAAAGAGCCAGGGGUUCUGUGCAGCAGCAUUUACUGAGUUCCCAUUUACUUUCUUCUCUUAGGGCUGACUUGCUCAGAACUUUAAUCAAAUGCUGCUAGCAUACCCUUGUGUCUUGAUAAUGUCUUGGAUUAUGGUUGUGCCACUCACAGGCUCCAUAUAGGGUGUGUCAGGCUUUCGAGUGUACGUGUCUAUUUUCAGAAGUUAUUUUGCUCUGUUGUAGAAAUUCACACCAAGAAGAAAGUUGGCAGGAAACUUUGCAGCUCGGAGAUGGAAAAAGAAACAGAGGAAAAAAAAAAAGAAACGUCUGCCUGAUGAUUAAUGAAGGAAACCCUGCCCGGAGAGGUUUCAGGCUUUGCACUUGGGAGAGAGGUGGCAUUGCAGCAGGGAGAUCCACCGAGACGUGGAAUGACCACUGUGUGUAGUUGUGGUAUGGAAAGAAGCAGUAUAGACUUCAUCCAUUCUAUCUGUAUUCUGGAGGGGUUCAGGGCAGUAACCCAUGAAGGCAGCACUCACAGCAGCAGUGCUGCAGGGCUUAGCAAUCUGAGCCCACAUGGCAGGGCCUGGGGCUCUUGCAAGUUCUUUGUGGUCCUGUUGGUUCAUCUUGUUCUGUUAGAGGCUGGUGUCUGAUAUACAGGGAAAAGCAGUCUGAGCCUUCUCGUUUUCCUCUGCAAGAAAGAUAGGUCAAAAGCAGCACUUUAUCAGCUAAUAACAGGUUUUGUCCAUUUUUAUGUGGAUUCAGACAUGUAUUCAUGCAGUUACAUUUGCUGCAUAGGAGAAUAACGCUUCCAUAUGCCUUUGGUAAUAUGGCUUUUUGUUGCUUCCAGCCAAGUAGGGACCUAACAGAUGCUGCAGUGGUGAAAGGCACCAUCUUGUUUCAUGAUCCUGCCAGUGUCCCUCCUCUGCCUGGGGUCCACCAUUUUACUCCAUCUCCUUUGCCCUCUCAGUUAAACAAAAGAUUCAGGAAUCCUUGACAGAGCUCUGAAGAUGCUUCUCAUCGCUCCUGUUUGUUCUGCUGCUCAUCUCCCUCUGAAAGCCAAGCUGCACCUACCAACCAACCAGCCAGCCCAGGAGAAAUAGCAGCUCCUUUGUACAGGUUGCUGACACCAUCACCUUGGCUGCUCCUCACCAGGGGAUGGGCGUGAUGCUUGUGAUGCCUUUUUACCUCCAGGUAUGCUGGGGGAAAGAGAGCGGCGGUGAGACUGGAGACCAGGCAAUGAUUUGCACUAUGAGAGGAAGCUGUCAGUCUGGAUUUUCUUAAGCAAAGCUUCCAAAUGGUGGUGGCAUGUGUUCCUGAACUGGAUGGGACUAAAACCUUCACCUUGCAAGCAAACCACACUGGAAUUAUCAUGCACCGGUUAUGGUUCUUGUGGCUCAGGCUAUAUCAGAAUGUUUGUGGUGAGAUUUUUACAGUUUGCAACAAAAAUAAAACAAACUGCAAUUCACAGAAUGUGGAGAUAUUCUUACUCUGGCUCAUCUUCAUGUGAGAAAGCUUGAAAGAACAGGCUGUAAUUAUCCUGUCAUCUGUUACAGCCCUUCCAUUUGGAAGAGAUAUAAUAAUAUUAAUGCAGUGUAUUUCUUGGUGUCAUUAUUUACAAAACAAUAAAUAGUCUUUUUUCCUUUUCUUUGAAUAAAGUAGAAACAAUCACAAAUUGUUUCUGUACACACAUUCCUGAGACUGCUGGUCCCAACAAGGUCUGACUUCCAAAGAGUUCCCUCUGUGAUGCUCCUUACUUUUCCCCCUCUGUACCAAGCCAACACAAGCAC